UCUAGAGUGCGAAGUAGGUAUUUCUUAUUUGCGAGAAAAAAUCGUGUCAAGUCGCAGUCUCGUUAUGUGACCCAAUGAGUCAAUGCGAAUUCGGCGACAUCUCGUUAACCUCGUUAUCUGCUUUUUGUCAAGCCAAUUCCGUAUAAUGAUAAUUAUCAAUGAAGAGGAAGAACCUUCAGCGAUUGAGAUAAGCGAUGACGGCUAUGACCAAAAAGCCGAUCAGACCAAAAAGAUGGCGGACUGACGUCGAGUGAAGUAUGACGAUUUUGCGAAUUAGCUCAGCUUUCAAUGUCCUGGAGCCGUCGAUUUCAGCAAUCAACGUUUCGCGUUAAUGGACAACAGGUCUGCGGAAAGCUUCGGCUGGUUUCGAAAAUAUUUCCACGGUCUCGUGGCCUUGGGCUCUCGUUACAGCCCACUGGAACGAACUGUCACGUCAACUUGAUAUGCGGACCAAAUUAAUGAGCUAAGCCUCGUCAACGGAUUCAACCUCCUCUGAGAGACCGUUGUCUUGGUAGAGGUUACUCCUGGUUGAUUAUCACCGAUGCUCUGGUCACUGUUAAGCAAUAACUAACUUGCACUGGCUGUAAGCGAACAGGGAAUCGUAAUCUGUGAAUGACAUCAGACCUGGAAUAACACAACAGCACAAUGGAGAAAUUUGCUGUGGACCUUGACAAAGUAUUGGACGACUUUGAAUUUAAUGAAGAUCGAGCAGAGCAGAUCGCAUCCAAUGUUCCAUCAUCGAAUCAACACGGUGUGUCAUCGUUUGAAGCAUUGGGAGAGAGUUCAAGUUCAAAGGUUUACAACGAUCGAGCAAAAGAUCUGGAUGCUGUAAAUAGUACUCAAUGCGACAGCACAGCAUCAUUGGAAAACUACAUAGAAUCUCAAUUAGAGGAUACUUUUGAAAAGAAUAUCCUAUUGGAACAGAACAGUAAUGAUCCAAACAUCAGCAAGGUGGAGUCAUCUUUAGAAAACAUUCAUUCCUUAAAUCAUUUUUGUACGCAUGAACAAGAGACCGAUGGUAAGGUUCAGCCUAAGCAAUGCAUCGAGGUACAUGAUACCGAGCCAGUUUCCCUAACGAUUCACAAUGACAUAUCGCGAUUGCUCCUGCAGAAACGGCAGAAUGAAACAUCGAGUGUCAAGGUCCAGAACAGCUAUGAUAAAAAGCUGAAUCAAUCAAAUGUUAAACCCAGUGUCAGCAAUGUGUUCAGUAGUUUGAAUGAAUAUAUAAACGCACCAGGUGUGCAUUUAGGCUAUGUGGAUGGUACAAUAAAGAAGUCAGAUUCCAUAGAUUCCUUAGGGGAAGUAAGCAUGACCGAAUCCUCUGUGAAUGUUAUAUCUAAUAAAGAUUCUAGUGUUACGGAAAACAAUUCAGUUGAAAGUGAGGUUAAUUUAACAAGCAAUGAAACAAGUGAGGCAAGUGCAAAGAAUAUACCUAAUAACGAACCAUCGAGGUAUCAAAACAUUUUGUUACCAGUAAAACUUGAUACAUUUGACACUGACAAAGUUAGUACCGCUUUAAAUCAUAAAGUGGUGGAAAAUGAACAAGUACCUCUGAAUGGUGCAGAAAGUAAUGAAAAGAUAUGUUCUGAUAAUACAUCAGAGGGCACGGAAAGACCAGCUGGCUUUAAGAGUAUCAUCGACCAACCUGAACAUGUGUACGAGAAUGUGUAUAUUGGCACCGAUAUUCCCAAGGCUCAAGAAUUAUAUGUAGCAAUUAAUAAGGUGAAAUUAAAGGAGAGAGAACCAAGGGAACAAGAGGAAGCUAAACACACCUAUGAGAAUAUAGAUUUUGACGAUCCAAAGAGAAUUCUACCAUCCAGUGAGAAUACAAAUAUAUAUGAAUGCAUCUACAUUGGAAACAGGGAAAAUAUGCCAGAAACCACAACAGAAUUAGAAAUUGCAGCUAAGAAUAUGACAGAUCAAUUGUAUAUUAGUAAAAAGAGUACAGAAUCGGAAACGAAGUCUGUCGAUACCACAAAGCUUGUUUUCCAGACCAUAAAACUGAAUGCUCAACAGUCUAAUCACAAGCCAGUGAGUUUUGGACAUAUCGACGACUUGUCAGAGGAAGAAUUGAACAAGUACUUGGCGGAGCUGGAAGCUGAAGAGAGAGAGAAAAAAAGUGACUCAUUUUAUGAUAGUUCUUCGGUGCCAGAGUCGUACCCCGAAUCAAGUGACAAUUUUUCACAAAGCAAGUUUCCAAAGUCACACGACGAUGAGGAUGUAAACGAGGCACCAAUAUUUGAAAACGUGACCAUAGGCGAGCUGCCAGAAGUAUCAGAGGAAAGGCUCCAAGAGAAGGCAAAGAAAUUUCCCGUUAUUGACUACAGUAAAAGCGGUCCCAGCACGGAAGUAACAAAUGAUUUCUUAGUGAGGAAGGAUUCAGAAAAAUUUCACGAACGUGUAAAAGUUAUUUCAGAGAUAAAGGAGGACAAAGGAAGAGGAAGAAAAUAUAAAAAGACAGAUGAGAGGAUUCGGAAAACCUCGGACAGUAGUGAAUCUGUAACUGUGAAUUCUUUGCAGGAUGAGCAAACGAGCAGUGGGGAAAAUUCUCUACCCACAGGUAAAGUGGAAAACUCUGACGUUCCGUCAACUGGUUCUAUUGAAGUUAUUAAAAGCCCAAACGGUGAUUCGCGAAUUUCAGGACAGAAAUCUCACUCGGAGAGUCAAAUAGACCAAGAAACGGAACGUGUCAUAGCAAAUAACAUAGACAAAUUACACAAUUCCGAGCAAAGUGAAUUAUCGAAAACCAUAGAAUCUGGUGAUGGUGCAUCCGUAGAUAGUUGGACAGAUGAAAAAGAUGUAUCUAUACGUUCAAGCAGUACUUGUGGUAUCAUCGAUGGUGGUAAACCAGAAAUCAAUGCCAUAACCAUUGAAAAUAACGAUUCUGCCAAUUUAGGUGAAACCCUUGGUGAUAGUGGUCCGGAAUCUGUGAUGGUUGUGCCAGAAAGUUCAGAGGUGGUGCAAAAGUGCAUGGAGAACGAUACGAAGCAAAACGAGACCAGUGAAGACGACACGGAUAGACCUUCUAGGCCCCAAACGUUAGAUAUUGUUUCAACCGUUAACAUGGAUGAACAACCAACGAUAGGGUUCUCAAACGUUACUCCAGGAAGUCAGCCAUCGGCGGAAAUGGAGGAGAACGUCGAACCGGAAAGAGCACCUUCUCCGGAUGCGUCAGAAAAUUCCUCGAUGGACAUCGGUACCGUACUCGGGAAACAACCACCAUUCUGGGUUCCGGACAACGAUGCUCCUACUUGUAUGCUGUGCGACAUUAAAUUCACCGUUCUAAAAAGACGUCACCACUGUCGAGCUUGUGGCAAAGUUCUAUGCAGUAAAUGCUGCAGUAGGAAGUACAAGCUUCAGUACCAAGGCAAUGCCGAUUCUCGCGUCUGCAUACCCUGUUAUCAUCAUCUCGUUAAAGCGGAAAAUGACAGUGGAUCCGGGGACUGGUCGGUUGGAUAUCCAAGCAAUGCCGGAGGUGACAUCAACUCACCCCAGGGGAGACAGCCUAAUCCAAAUAAUCCGAUGGAGUACUGUUCGACUAUACCGCCUUUGCAACAGUUAGCCGGUGGAUUGCCACCACCUCCCACCGUCAUGGUGCCCGUUGGAGUGCUCAAAAGAGAAGGCAGCACCAAGCAACGCUCCGAAGGGCAGAAGUCUGUCAUGUUUAGCGACGGAAUAAGGCCUGGCUGUGACCUGACAGAGCUCGAUGCUUCCUGGGACAUGAAGCUGUGUCGGAAGCCGGGAAGCAAGAGAGUGCCCACGCCGGGGCCGACGACGAUGGCUCCGAACGCUUCCAAGAGGCUGAACCUGCCGCCGGUGGACCCUCGCACCAACAGCUACGUCCCCUUGGAUUCCGGGAUGCUUCCACCGACCGUCACCAUCCAUAAAGGCCAAGUGACAUACCAUGACGUGACAGACGAGGCGUGCCUCUACAAGUCGCUGAGAAACGAGUGCGAGCCUCCGGUAAUGUUUGCCAUUAACAGGAAUCUCUUUGCAUACGUCAAAAUCGUUAAUCUGAAUUGCUGCGUGAACAGAACGUGUUGGAACGUCACCUCCAAAGGCCUGGUCUGCGUAGGCCAGGACGAGGUCGUGUUGCUCGUCGAAACCUUGCCCGACGAGAACCAGAUUCCCAAAGACCUGUUCGUACAUAUCAAUCAGAUAUACUUGGAGGCAAUGAAAGGAAACACGAUCACGGAGCUCGGAGUUUCCAUUCAUCAAGGCGGCCACCUUUUAGGGUCGAGAGAACACGCAGGUUUCCUCUUCAUUCGCCAGACAUUCCAAUGCUUACAGAAAAUGGUUCUGCCACCGGCUCCGUUCCUUAUUGGUCUUCUGGUUCAUAGAUGGGAGACACCCUGGGCCAAAGUUUUUCCUCUUCGGCUCGUUUUACGCCUCGGAGCCGAGUACCGGUAUUAUCCCUGCCCGUUGGUCUCGGUGCGGUUUCGAGACGCCGUGUACUUCGAAAUCGGCCAUACGAUCAUGAAAGUGCUCGCCGAUUUCCGUAACUUUGCUUACACCUUGCCCGGGGUUCGGGGCCUGACGAUUCACAUGCAGGACACGACGACGGACGUCAUGUUCCCCAGGAACAGAUACGACCAAGUAAUAAGGGGGUUAAACAAUUCGAACGACCAUGUGCUAGCUUAUGCGUCAAAUUUCAGCGUAUCCGCGGAUUCGCACUUGGUCUGUAUUCAGACUAAUUCAGGGGACGAAAGUAGCUACCAAACGCAAGCUAUCAACAUCCACAACAAGCCGAGGCGGGUUACCGCGGCUAGUUUUGUCGUCAUCAAUGGAGCUUUGAAAUCCUCGAUGGGACUCUCGGCGAAAUCUAGCAUCGUAGAGGAUGGCCUGAUGGUUCAAAUCAUGCCGGAAAAAAUGGAGGCUCUAAAAGCGGCGCUGAAAAAUAUGCAGGACUUCUCCAUUGGCUGCGGCAGACAGGGAGCUCCCGAACCCGACGAGAUCGUUAACAUUAAAUGGGUGGACAAUGAUACACAGUUUAACCUGGGAGUCAAAAGUCCGAUAGACGGCAGAUCGAUGGAUGGCGUUCCAUCUAUUAGAGUCCACAAUGGCAUUGAUUACACGGGGACGAACAGGCUCAUUCGAUGGACGGAAGUAUUUAUUAUCAUGUCCGACGACCAUCCGAACGGUGUUCACGAUCCAGUCGACAUAAAUAAAUUAUCCGAAAGUAUUGCCCGAGCUGCGUGCACGGCGUUGGUGAAAUUACUGGAUCUUCUGGCGACUGCAGGGCUCACGAAACUCGCGGUCAGAACGACCAUCCACGCUGACAAUGUGGGGUACGAAGCUGGGAGCGGGGGCACGAGAUUGCCGCCCAUUUAUAUGAACAGUCUGGACAACGAAUUGAUCCAGGUUCUUCACAAGGCUGCCCAGAGCUGUCAGGACACUUACACCGUGCUGGAGCUGAUAUUUUAUGUACUGGACGACUGAGAACCAUUGCGUUUGGGACCUGUCCGUCAUCGACGUUGGCCCUGUCAGAAGAACAGAUCAUUGCUUCGCCCUCCCGCGACGUGCAAUUACGGUUUAUGACCCAUGUAAAAUUUAUGCCGCGAGGGAUUACCAAAAUGCGCACGGCGCCAAUUUUCAAUCUAGCUAAAUCGGGACUCGAGUCCCACGUUUGCGACCGAGCGUUACAACCAGCCUUUUUAAUGUCUCCGUUUUCCGGCGGUGUUCCAUUUUUCACACCCCAAAUGUACUUUUGGAUCAACCGAGACUAAUUUGAAUUCCAUCGGUGAGAAGGACGACUACUCGUUCGUUUUUGGGAUGAAUCGAGAACUUGACGUAUCGAGACUUUGUAGACAAUGCCAAAUGUCUUUCUUUUUAAUUCACUCUUGUCAGUGGAAGGAUUUUAUUUGCCAAAGACAUUUCUUGUUCGGCACGCUCGGUCCUUGCUAAAGAUUCUACAUUACAAAAACGUAUCCGUAAAACUUGAUUUCCAAGUCUGAUUUCGUUUCGUAACGCCGUAACGUAGGAACGAAAAUGGAAAUGGAAGCGGUAGCUAGACGCAGAUCCGCUGCUAGUUGAAUUCCGGAGUGAGGAUCAAUUAGUUGCAACGAAUUUGUAAUUAUUUGUAAAGUGACCGUAAUCGAGUCAAGCUAGGCGAGUUAGGUGAACCACGGGGUACAGAGGUUGCACUCGAAGAGGACGUAUCGUCACCGGGGACGUCUUUUUACUAUCUGUUGUUUCAUAUGUCAAAACCUUUUACGGUACUAGAUUUACAGUUUGUUACUUUGUACAGCUUGCUCACGCGUGCAACUUAAAAGUUUAAUAUAAUACGUUAUUGUAGUAUUAAUCCUGUACUCAAAUGAUAUUACGUUGUACAUUGUUCACCCUCGUUCUUUAAGUCGAAAAUUUCCCAAGAAAUAUUUAAUCGUUAGCAUUUUGACCACCUCUCCAACAGGGUGCGUUUAAGGUUGAGGGGCUUGUGAACAUUUCAUACUCGAAGACCCUAAAAGGUCUGAAUCCCAAAUGGAAAUUUAACCCAAACGAUUCUCGUACCACGCUCUUCGUUUCCAUUUCAGGCACUCCAAGAGAAAGGAAAAGAGUCAUUGUCCCGAUCCGCUGAUAAAUUACAUCUAAACCGUGUAUAUAUGAUUGAAAAAAUAAAUUGUACAUAUUAGAGUACGUUUCCUUCGGCA